UUGUGUUACUUUAAAAACACCUAAAUCAACACUUGUUUUAGAGAGCAGUGUUAGAUUGUUGAAUGUUUAGACUUUUCUGACAAUGGUAGUCUCAAAUCUGUUGUUGUUUUUGUGUUCUCAACUGGUGCUCAAUGGAUUUUCUUCUCCAAUUGGGCUUCCUUUACACCAGACUGGUAGUGAUCAAAUGCUUGUGGAGAAGAGAGAAGUCCCCUUGUCCUGUCCUUAUGCAAGCCAAAAUCCAAACCCACCAGUGGUAGCACAGUGCAACUUUGCUGUUCUGUUGUCCCUGAAAAAUGCAUCUGGGCUAGUUAUCCAAAAGGGUAUUGAUGUGAAGAAUUUGUCUGAGUCCAGCCCUCUCCCUGUCAAGGGGUCUGUCACUCAACCCACUAAGGUUGAUGGCAAGGACUCCAACGCUCUCCCAGUUGUGGAAUCCAGCCCCCAGCCUUCCAAGGAACCCAGCACUAUCCCAGCUGGGGGACCUAACACUCUGCCUGCUGAGAAAUCCAGCCCUCACCCUUCCAAGGAACCCAGCACUAUCCCAGCUGAGCGACCUAGCUUUCUGCAUGCUGAAAAAUCCAGCCCCAAGCCUGCAGAAUCCACUGUAGUCCCAGAUGCUGGGUUUAAUCAUCUGCCUGUUGAGACUAGCCCCCUGUUUGGCAAGGGACCCAGCACUGUCCCAGCUGGGGGACCUUACACUCUGCCUGCUGAGAAAUCCAGCCCUCAGCCUUCCAAGGAACCCAGCACUAUCCCAGCUGAGCGACCAAGCUUUCUGCAUGCUGAAAAAUCCAGCCCCAAGCCUGCAGAAUCCACUGUAGUCCCAGAUGCUGGGUUUAAUCAUCUGCCUGUUGAGACUAGCCCCCUGUUUGGCAAGGAACCCAGCACUAUCCCAGCUGGGGGACCUUACACUCUGCCUGCUGAGAAAUCCAGCCCUCAGGCUUCCAAGGAACCCAGCACUAUCCCAACUGGGGAACCUAGCUUUCUGCCUGCCAAUUCCAGCCCCCAGCCUUCCAAGGAACCCAUCACUAUCCCAGCUGGGGGACCAAACACUCUGCCUGCUGAGAAAUCCAGCCCUCAGCCUUCCAAGGAACCCAGCACUAUCCCAGCUGAGCGACCUAGCUUUCUGCAUGCUGAAAAAUCCAGCCCUCAGCCUUCCAAGGAACCCAGCACUAUCCCAGCUGGGGGACCUUACACUCUGCCUGCUGAGAAAUCCAGCCCUCAGGCUUCCAAGGAACCCAGCACUGUCUCAGCU